AUGACUGAAACGACCGCCUGUGUUGACCCGUCUCGCUCCGCCCUGCAGCAGCAGCAGCAGCAGCAGCAGCAGCAGCAGCAGCAGCAGCAGCAGACCCUGUUCCUGCAGCCCCGAUUGCUCCAGCGCGACCCUCAGCAGAGUGGAUUGCGAGCCGAGCACUGCGACAGAGUGAAUACGCAACUCUUCCUGCUCUGUGCAUGUCUCGAGAGCUCUAUCCUCCAGUCCCCGAUGGUGCACCCUGCUCUCGUUGCCGUGGGCGCGGUGGCUGCCUCGGCCGUGUCGUGGGUCGCCGUGUCGACGGCAGCAAUCUACGCAACGUACGGCACGCCAUUCGAGUUUGAGCCGUGGUGGCAUCCGCGCCGGAUCUACCUGCUGCAGCUCGCCGCGCUCGACCAUCUGACCAGCGUUCGAUGGCUGCGCGAGUACAUUCGCUGGACGCGCUUCCUCAGACAAAAGCCGUGGCCCGACCACGUCUGGCUCGACGUCGAGUAUGGCAGUCGCUACGGCAGCAAGGCCGACAUUUACGCUCCAGCGGCCGCUGUGCCGUCACCCCAUGCCACAGAGAAGGACAAGCACAAGGACAAGGACGAGGACAAGCACAAGGACAAGGACGAUGCGCCUGAUGAUGCCUCAAGCGAGAACGACAGUCAUCGCGAUACCACGCAGACACAUCCGACGACAACCAAGCACCCCGUCAUUCUGUUUGUGCAUGGCGGCGCCUGGGGCUAUGGCACUCCGAAAAUCUACCCGCUGCUCGCACACGAGCUCACCAUGCGAGGCUUUGUGGUCGUCAUGCCAGACUAUGUCAAGCACCCGCGAGGCACCAUUCCAGACAUGCUCGACGAUCUCAGCUCCUGCCUCGUCUGGAUUGAAAAGAAUAUUUCGAGCCACGGCGGUGACAUCUCGGCAGGGAUUACACUGUUGGGGCACUCGUCGGGCGCCCAUCUUUGUACCUUGCUGACCCUCCGUGACAUGCUCGGUCUGUCAAACGACGGGAGUGUUCUCACGCCCGCCCUGCAGCCCCUCACCGUUGCGUUGCGCUCUGCCGCUGCUGCCGCGGAAGGCUGCUACAAAUCUCGCUCGCAGCAGCAACAACCUGGGUCGUCCUCGUCGUCUGUCGUUCCCGCAGCAUCGGCUCCGAGCACCGCUGCUCCCGCGCUGUCGACGUGGUUGCGCGCUUGGAAUGCGAUUGCGCAAACUACGACACGGACGCCGCUCCACGUGAAAUGGCCGAUGCGUGACAAGUGGACAGACACACUCACCAUCGAUCGCCCAGCAACGCGGCUCGUCACCGCCGUGGUUGGGCUCUGCGGUGUCUACGACAUCACAGAUCACUACUUGUUUGAGGCUGGCCGAGGCGUGGAGUGCGUGUCUCCAAUGUGGCAUGUGGCGGGCGCCUGCAAAGCGUCCAUGCCGUUUGUGUCGCCCACCGCCUUGCUCAAAAUCAACGCUGACGCCCGUCGACGAGCCGCUGCCUCGUCGUCCUCCCGCCCACGCAACGAGCCGCGGUUUCUUCUCAUCCAUGGCUCUCGCGACGCUACCGUCCCAGUUUCGUCCAGUGAAAAGUUUCACGCCGAACUCCAGCAGGCGCGGUUGUCGAGCGAGUUGCACAUCUUUAACAAUGUCGGCCAUGCAGACUUGGUGAUGAACCUCAUGGCUCCCCAAGUUGCCCGGCCGUUGGAGCAUUCUUCCUCGAGCGUCUCAAGCGCCUCGACGCCCACCGCACUACGCCGAUUCCGGCACGACCGGCAAAUCCAGCACAAAGACGGCGAGCGACUCUUUGGCCUCAUUGAAGAUUUUGCGCACGCCAACAUGCGGGCAGCGCUGCAUGACUAA